AUGUCUUCACUCAGUUCGCCUGCGCCUUCGGGUACGCGGGAAAGUACCGACAAUCUCCUCGAACAACAUGGAUGCCACCUCGAGGAUGGAAACACAGUAUGUUGGAAUGAAGACAGCAAAGAUCACCCUAGGAAUUGGGGUCCGGUCGCAAAAUGCUACACAACCUUCAUGAUUGCUUGGGUUGAGCUGUUCAUGACUGGUAUCAGUUCGGCAGGAACUGCAGCAUCCGAAUCUGCUCGGAUGGAGUACGGUAUGAGUAGAACUCUUGCGGUCUUUGCCUUCGUUACCAUGUAUCUGCUUGGCCAAACUCUUGGAGGCAUAGUUUGCGCCCCCAUUUCUGAGACCUUUGGUCGUCGCACACUAUACAUCGCAUCCUGCGCUGUAUUCUGUGCCUUCUCAGUAGUCACAGCAGCUCCACCCUCUCAAAUCGCGGUUUACUUCGGUCGCUUCAUCCAAGGUAUCGCUGCUGCCGUUCCUGCCUGUGUAGCAUAUGGCAGUCUUGAAGACAUGUGGGGUGCUCAGAUAAGAAUCUGGGUUGUAUACUGGUACACCGUCUCCGGCUUCAUCGGCCUCGUCUUGGGUCCCAUCUACUCAUCGUACAUCACUCAUUACUAUGGCUGGCGAGCGGUGUUCUACAUCGCGGCUGUGGCAGCUGGAGUGUCCACCAUCCUGUCCUUCUUCAUCAAGGAGACCAAAGCUGAACAGCUUCUGCAGAAGAAGGUCGACGUUAUUCAAUCAGAGGCGGGCCGCAAGGACUUGCAUGGGCCUGCUUCUGAAGGAUUUUCAUUCCAAUCCUUCGUCAGAGACUCUCUCUUCCGCCCUCUCAAGUUCCUCGUCUCGGAACCCAUUGUCUUCUUCUGUUCUGCACUCUGCGCCAUUGCGUUUGGAUUGAUCUAUGGUUUGACAGAAGGUCUGACUGUGGCGUACACCAACCCACCAUUCAGCAACACAUUCUCUCAGACCUCAUCGUCAUUAUCAUUCAUCGCCAUUCUCAUCGGUAUCCUUCUAGAUGUUCUACCACGCUUCUACGACGACUACCUUUUCAAAAAGUACCGCAAAGAGAAACGCCGUCUCUUGCCAGAAACCAAGAUCACAUCUUUUGCUCUCGCAUGUCCUGCCCUUGCCAUCGGCCUCUGGCUCUUCGCUUGGACAAUCCCACCAAUAGUCACCGAUGUUAAUUGGGUCGUCUCUAUGAUUGGUCUGGCCUUUGUAGGCUUUGCUACUGCUGAUCUCAGUUAUGUGCUUUUCGGCUAUUGCACCGAUACCUAUGGACCCAUGGCUGCUUCUGCUGUCUCUUCGCUCAGCACCUGCCGUACUAUUGCAGCUGCAGUAUUCCCUCUGUUUGCCUAUCAGAUGUUUUCAGGCCUAGGAGCUAAUGUUGCUGCCUCUAUCCUAGCUGCUGUGGCGACUGUCUUUGCCUUCACGCCUAUCUUAUUCCUCAAGUAUGGACAAAGCUUGAGGAGGAAGAGCAAGGUUGCUGCAGCAGAUGAGGAUUGCUUGGUUGAGGAGAACAAGCAUAUGGAAGAUGAGUCGAGUGAGAGCGAGAAGGAGAAGAAACCCGAGGAAGUUUGA